AUGAGUGCGCAGCAAGCUGCUCAGGAGGUUAAUAACCUGUCUUUGAACGACAAGAAAAGCGAUCACAAAGCUGCUAAGCCAAACAAGAAAAGCAAGCAACAAUCGUUGUACUUGGAUCCGUUACCAGAAUUCGUGGAUGAAAGAAUUGAGCUCUUUGAGAAGUUGCAAAAACAAUACAAUGAGAAAGUUGCCUCCAUGCCUCGGGUGCCUUUGAAGAUUGUCCUGAAAGACGGCUCAGUCAAGGAAGCCACUGCUUGGGAAACUACUCCAAUGGAUAUCGCUAGAGGGAUUGCCAAGUCGUUGGCUGAUAGGUUGUGUAUUGCCAAAGUUGACAAUCAACUGUGGGACUUGGAUAGACCUUUUGAGGGCGAGGAAGGGCAAGAGAUCCGUCUGCAGUUGCUAGAUUUCGAUUCGGAGGAAGGCAAGAAAGUUUUCUGGCAUUCUUCUGCUCAUGUUCUGGGUGAGGCGUGUGAGUGCAAUUUGGGAGCUCAUAUCUGUUUGGGUCCUCCAACUGACGACGGGUUCUUCUAUGAAUUCGCUGUCAGAGACAGUUUGAAGCCGGUCGAAGGCGAAGAAAGAACAGUCUCCCAAAGCGACUUCCCAAAUUUGGAAGGCGUUGCUAAGGACGUCAUCAAGCAGAAGCAAAAGUUCGAGAGGCUGGUCAUGUCCAAGGAGGAUCUGCUCAAGAUGUUUCAUUAUUCUAAAUACAAGACGUAUCUGGUCAACACAAAAGUUCCAGACGGUGGCUCUACCACUGUUUACCGUUGCGGUACCUUGAUUGACCUCUGUGUCGGUCCACAUAUUCCAAACACUGGGCGUAUCAAGGCUUUCAAAUUGCUCAAGAACUCUUCAUGUUACUUCCUGGGUGACUCCAACAACGAUUCCCUGCAAAGAGUGUACGGUAUUGCUUUUCCAGACAAGAAGCUAAUGGACGCCCACAUGAAAUUCUUGGCGGAAGCCUCCAUGAGAGAUCACAGGAAGAUUGGUAGGGAGCAGGAGCUAUUUGUGUUCCAUGAAUGGUCUCCAGGUUCGUGUAUCUGGCUGCCACAUGGUGCCAGAAUUUACAACAAGUUGGUUGACUUCAUGAAAACGGAAUACCACAAGAGAGGUUACGAAGAAGUUAUUACACCAAACAUGUACAAUUCUAAGUUGUGGGAAACUUCCGGUCACUGGGGCAACUACAAGGAGAACAUGUUUACCAUCGACAUUGAAAAGGAAAGUUUUGGUCUAAAGCCCAUGAACUGUCCCGGUCACUGUUUGUUGUUCAAAGCUAGAGAACGUUCAUACAGAGAACUGCCAUGGAGAGUUGCUGACUUUGGUGUUCUUCACAGAAAUGAAUUCUCAGGUGCCCUCUCCGGUUUGACUCGUGUCAGAAGGUUCCAACAGGAUGACGCUCACAUCUUCUGUACUCCGGAUCAAAUUGAGGAAGAAUUUGAGAAAAUUUUUGAUUUCUUGCAAUAUGUCUACGGCGUCUUCGGCUUCGAGUUUAAGAUGGAAUUGUCAACCAGACCUGAGAACUAUGUUGGAGAUAUAGAAACCUGGAACAAAGCCGAAUCUAAAUUGGAAUCUGCUUUGAGGAAAUGGGGAGGUAAGUGGGAAUUAAAUCCUGGUGAUGGUGCUUUCUAUGGUCCAAAGAUUGAUAUUAUGAUUUCUGACGCUUUGAGAAGAUGGUAUCAGUGCGCCACCAUGCAAUUGGAUUUCCAAUUGCCAAACAGAUUCGAGCUGGAGUACAAAGCCAAGGACAACAAGGAUAAUGAGUCAGCGAAUGAAAACUACGAGAGACCAGUGAUGAUUCAUCGUGCUAUCCUCGGUUCUGUUGAGAGAAUGACUGCUAUCUUGAUUGAGCAUUAUGCUGGCAAAUGGCCAUUUUGGUUGUCCCCACGUCAAGUUCUGCUCGUCCCGGUCGGCGUGAAAUAUCAAGAGUACGCUCAACAAGUUCGCGAUAAACUACAUAACGCUGGCUUCUAUGCCGACGUCGAUUUAUCUGGUAACACUUUACAAAAGAAAGUUAGAAGCGGUCAAAUGUUGAAAUACAACUUCAUUUUCAUUGUUGGUGAGCAAGAAAUGACCGAAAACUCGGUAAACAUCAGAAACAGAGAUAUCAUUGAGCAACAGGGUAAGAAUGCCACCGUAAACGUCGAUACCGUUAUAGAGCAAUUGAAGAGGUUGGCAGAUGAGAAGAGAGUCGACAAUGUCUUAUCCUGA